CCGAAUUUUUUGUUUGACUCAGUAACCGGAUCCUGCCCUGCAGAAAUGAAGGCUGAGCUGGUUAAUCAGGAGGGACCACUGCAGACAUUUGCAUCUUCAUCCAGCUCAGACGAGCUUUCACAGCAAAAGACAGUAGAUGUCGUAGACGAAACUCAAACGGAGCACCUGGCUGGCAUAUCUGCUGAUGAUACAGAAGCAGCUGAGGCUAGUAAUAAGGCAACCGAGGCAAGCCUUUUGAAGAUAUUUUCAUGA